GUUUGUAGUUUUGUCGCUUAAAACAAGAAUGAUGAUAAAUUCAACUUUAUCAAGUUUAUCUUAUUUUAUUCUUGGAGCUUAUUUGCAUGUUGGAAACUUAAGAUACUUUUAUUUCCUGAUAACUGCUUUGCUUUACAUUGUAAUUGUUGCAGUCAACACGUCUCUCAUUGUGGUUAUCUGUAUGAACAGAAGCUUACAUGAACCUAUGUACCUUUUUCUGUGCAGCCUGUUUGUAAAUGAGCUGUAUGGUAGUACAGGGUUGUUUCCAUUCCUUCUGCUUCAGAUUCUCUCUGACAUUCACACUGUUUCUGCUCCCUUUUGUUUCCUGCAGAUUUUCUGUUUAUAUACUUAUGGAAGUAUAGAAUUUAGUAACUUAGCCAUCAUGUCUUACGACAGAUAUCUUGCUAUCUGUUGUCCUCUACAAUAUAACACACACAUGACUUUGAACAAGGUGUUUAUCCUUAUUUUUGGGGUAUGGUUGUACUCUUUUGUGAAAUUUCUAAUGACUUUGUCCUUAAACAUCCGGUUGACACAGUGUAGAAACAUCAUUAACAGUUUAUAUUGUCAGAACUACCUAGUAGUUAAGUUGGCGUGCUCUGACACAAGACUGAAUGACAUUUAUGGACUUGUUGGUAUUGUUUUCUCUGUUGUAAUCCCCCUGCUUCUAAUCUUUUGUUCUUACAUAAAAAUUCUUAAGGUUUGUUUUGCUGCUUCCAAACAGACCAGACAGAAAGCUGUCAGUACCUGCACACCUCAGCUUGUGUCUCUGUUGAACUUUUCUUUUGGCAGCAGCUUUGAGAUGAUUCAGAGCAGAUUUGAUAUGACCGGUGUUCCCAGUGUGCUGCGUAUCUUUCUCUCUCUGUAUUUUCUCACCAUACAACCACUUUUGAAUCCUAUCAUGUAUGGAAUGCAAAUGUCCAAAAUCCGAAGAACAUUUAAGCAUCUGUUCUGUUUUAAACUGUUCACUGGUCAGAUUGAUACCAUGUAAGUGCAAUAAAAAAGUGUCAGUAAAUUAUUCAUAACAUCUCGCAUUGAAAUGUGCUGACUGAAAACAUGAAACUGAAUGGGGGGAAAAUGUGAAGAGAAUUCUUGUGAGCUUGUCAGACCUCAUUACUGGUUUAGAUAUGUGUAACCACUGUAUUGGAUAUUGAACUCUAAUGCUAACCUAUGUCAUGUUGUAAUUUGUCACAUGUAAUACUUUCUAAAGUUUCUAAACUUUCUGUCUGUCUGAAACAAGCUAAUCAUGACCUUGGGUUGCCUUGGAGAAAGUUUAAGUUAAAUUUAUUACUUUGGAAAGUUACAAGCUGUGACCUUUUUUUGCUCUGUAAUGACUCUAAUGUGAUCUAGAGAGACCCUGUGUGAAACUUACAUGCCCUUUCUCAUUAAGUAUUUCUUCACAGACCAAUAGAGAUCAACAUCAAAGAGAGAACAAUAUUGCCAUGUUAGGUCAUACACCAAAUCAUUCCAAAGCUAUGAAAGGAGUAAAUACUGAUUAAACUUGAGUGCAACAAUUAGUUAAAACAGUCUAUUAAGCACUUCACGUUAAUAUCUCAAAGACUAAUCUAACCAAAUUUGAU